AUCCAGAAGCUCUGUGACCGAGUCGCUUCGUCCACGUUGCUGGAUGACCGGAGGGAUGCCGUACGUGCUCUCAAGUCUUUAUCCAAGAAAUACCGGCUGGAGGUGGGCAUCCAGGCCAUGGAACACCUGAUCCACGUUCUCCAGACAGACCGUUCAGAUUCUGAAAUAAUUGGCUAUGCUUUGGACACACUCUACAAUGUCAUAUCCAAUGACCUAGAAGAGGAGGAGCAAGAUGACUCUGAAGAAGAAAACUCAGCAAAACAAGUGGAUGAUUUGGGAAGUCAGUUCACAGAGAUUUUCAUUAAACAGCAAGAAAAUGUCACUCUGCUGUUGACUCUGGUGGAGGAAUUUGAUUUCCAUGUUCGCUGGCCUGGAGUGAAGCUGCUGACAUCUCUGUUAAAGCAGCAGGGGCCUCAAGUGCAGCAGAUCAUUCUGGUCAGCCCCAUGGGUGUGUCCCGCCUGAUGGAUUUGCUGGCAGACUCCAGGGAGGUGAUCCGCAAUGAUGGAGUCCUGUUGUUACAGCAGUUGACCAAAAGCAAUGCAGCCAUACAGAAGAUUGUUGCCUUUGAAAAUGCCUUUGAGAGGCUUCUGGAUAUCAUAACAGAGGAAGGAAACAGCGAUGGAGGCAUUGUGGUAGAAGACUGUCUCCUCCUGUUGCAAAACUUGUUGAAGAACAAUAAUUCCAAUCAGAAUUUCUUCAAGGAAGGUUCCUACAUCCAGCGUAUGAAGCCUUGGUUUGAGGUUGGAGAUGACAACUGUGGGUGGUCUGCACAGAAGGUCACUAAUCUUCACCUGAUGCUGCAGCUGGUGCGGGUCCUGGUGUCCCCCACGAACCCUCCUGGUGCCACCAGCAGCUGUCAGAAGGCCAUGUUCCACUGUGGGCUCCUGCAGCAGCUCUGCACCAUCCUCAUGGCCACCGGUGUUCCUGCUGACAUCCUCACGGAAACCAUUAAUACUGUGUCAGAGGUCAUCCGAGGAUGCCAGACAAAUCAAGACUACUUUGCCUCUGUAAAUGCACCUUCUAAUCCACCAAGGCCUGCCAUAGUAGUGCUGCUGAUGUCCAUGGUGAACGAGAGGCAGCCCUUCGUGCUGCGCUGUGCUGUUCUCUACUGCUUCCAGUGCUUUCUGUACAAAAACCAAAAAGGACAAGGAGAAAUCGUCUCCACACUCCUGCCAUCCACUAUUGACGCUACAGGUAACUCUGUGUCAGCGGGCCAGCUGCUCUGCGGGGGCCUCUUCUCCACGGACUCGCUGUCCAACUGGUGCGCAGCCGUGGCCUGCAGCAGUGCACCAACAUCCUCUCGCAGGGCAGCAAAGUACAGACCAGAGUUGGACUGCUGAUGUUGCUUUGUACAUGGCUGAGCAACUGCUCCAUUGCUGUCACCCACUUCCUUCACAACCCAGCCAAUGUGCCUUUUCUCACAGGGCAGAUAGCUGAAAACCUUGGGGAAGAGGAGCAGCUUGUCCAAGGCCUGUGUGCGCUUUUGCUUGGCAUUUCCAUCUACUACAAUGACAAUUCCCUUGAGAAUUACAGGAAAGAGAAACUGAAGCAGCUGAUUGAGAAGAGGAUCGGCAGGGAGAACUUCAUUGAGAAGCUUGGCUUCAUUAGCAAGCAUGAACUUUAUUCCAGAGCUGCUCAGAAACCACAGCCUAGUUUCUCUAGUCCAGACCACAUGAUGUUUGACCAUGAAUUUACAAAGCUGGUGAAGGAAUUGGAAGGUGUCAUAAGUAAAGCAAUUUACAAGUCCAGUGAGGAAGAUAAAAAGGAAGAGGAGGUCAAGAAGACAUUGGAACAGCAUGACAACAUUGUGACUCACUACAAAAAAGUCAUUAGAGAACAGGACCAGGAGCUUGAAGAACUAAAGCAGCGAAUCAGCACUUUAACAUCUCAGAAUGAACAGCUCCAGGCUACAGUCACACAGCAAGUGUCCCAGAUCCAACAGCAUAAGGACCAGUACAAUCUCCUCAAAGUACAGCUAGGAAAGGACACCCAGCAUCAUAAUUCCCAUGGUGACACAUUGCAAAUGAAUGGCAUUCAGACAGAAGAAGUGAGCAAGUUGAAAGAGGAGCUGGAAGAGUGGAAAAACAAGCAUGAGCUGCUGCAAGGGCAGUUAAAGGAAAAGGAUUCUGUAAUAGAAAAAUUGAAUUCUUCUCAGUUAGAGAUGGGAGCUACAGAGCAGUCUUUACAGACCAGCAGAUUUGGUGGCUUGGAGCACAGUAAUGAGCUACAGAAGGAGUUAGAAAUGCUCAGGAGUCAGUUACAGCUACAGGCUGCGGAAAUAUCCAAGCUUCAGAUGGAGAAUCAAAAGCUACAAGUGAUGAACACAGCUGCAGAUCCCAUGUUAGGAGACAGUGGUGCACCAGCAGCUACGAGCUCAGAACUGGAGGCACGACUGGAGCAAGAAAUCAAAGAGCUGAAGAGUCAAGUCAAGGCCCUUUCUGAGGAGAAGGAAUCACUGAAGCAGCAGCUGGACUCAUCCACUAGCACAGUUGCUAUAUUGCAAGACAAGAACAAUAGGCUGGAGCGAGAAGUUGCAGAAUCCAAAAAAGAACAGGAUGAUCUCCUGGUGCUGUUGGCUGACCAGGAUCAGAAAAUAUCUGCACAGAAGAUGAAACUGAAGGACUUUGGUGUAGCGGUUGAAGAUGAAGAUGAUACUGAAUCUGGAGAUCAGGGGGAUGAAGAUGAGGAUGGAGAUGAAGAGGAACAAGAUGAGAAUGCUGCUGUGUGUUACCAAGAAAACUAGAUUGCAUUGUUUUUGGGGAGAAGUCUAUUACUGGUGUACAAAGGAAAACAUCUGCUUAUGGGAAGCAGAUUGGGGAAAUGACAACCAUGGGCCUAGUUCUAAGUUACUCAAGUGUUGGAAAAUCCUUUGUACUAGGUAAAGCAAACAGAAAUCACAGUUUCAGUUCUACAUGAAUACCCCAGGUUGUACUUGUUUAGAAGUUGCUUCACACACUGUUUCAAGCAGGGAAUGACAAUGUUGCUGCCUUGGUUCAUUGUCAUUGACGGUUCUGUGCAUUUGUCUAUGGUUUUAACUUCCUUGAGCUCUUAACAUAAUUAAAUACAGAAGUAUUUGGUUUAACAUC